AUGAAUCUUCAAGAGCGUGCAUCAAUCAGAUUACCCUGGCCGAUCUCGGGCUACAGCUUAGAGGAGAGAGGCCUAAUCAAGCGUCGAGGCCAACUUGGCAGAAGGCGUCCACGUGCGGUAGAUAUCCUCAUAUUCGACCGAGUGGCAAUCCACCCAUCAAAUCGGUCUCUUUCUUCAAUCAAUUUGCCGCCCGAACGACAGUCGUGGUCUCACAAUCCCAGCACACAAUUUACAAUCCUUCGGUCUAAUUUCAAGCUGAAACCCCCAGAUUUGGGCCAAACCAAUGUGCCCGACCUUCCUAAUUAA